AUGGUGUCCCGCAAAUACGACGAGAUGGACUUGCGGCGCAUCCCCGCCGGCACCAUCCGCAUCGACUGCUCCGGCGCGUACAUCGCCAACGACCACCUCAUCAGGGGCAACGCGUCCCUACUGGCCACCCCCACGCCGUCGCCAGUGACUUCGGACGAGUCGCUGUCGUCCGACGAGGAUGAAACCACGGUGUUCUCCGCGCCCGGCAGCCCGGCCAAGGACUCGAAAAGCGCUAACAUCACGCUCCCGCGCCACAACUCCGAGGUCAUCCACAUCUCCGUGGACAUUGGCGGCACGUUGACGAAACUCGUGUACUUCACGUCGCUGUCCGUGAAGGGCGCCAAGAACGGCGGCAAGCUACAUUUCCAGGACUUCCAGACGGGCGCCUUCGAGACCGAGGCGCUCCAGUUCAUGAUCCGCUUGGUGCGCGACAGCAUGGGCAAGAAGCACGGCCCGCCCAUCACGUACAUCAUCUCCACGGGCGGCGGCGCGCACAAGUUCUCCAAGUUGAUGACGUCGGCGUUCAAGAAGAACGGCUUGCCCAUGCAGAUCGUCAAGAAGGACGAGAUGGAGUGUCUCAUCAAGGGCCUUGACUGGCUCAUCACCAAGAUCCCGCACGAGAUCUUCACCUACGACUUGGCCGAGGACAACAUCCGCUUCAACAACCCGCCCGUCACGGAGCAGGACAUCUACCCGUACCUCCUCGUCAACAUCGGCUCGGGGGUGUCCAUGGUCAAGGUCACGGGGCCGGGGCCCGAAGGGUUCGAAAGAAUCGGUGGCUCGUCGCUCGGCGGCGGCACGCUCUGGGGGCUUCUCCUGCUCUUGACCGACGCGUCCGACUACAACGAGAUGCUCGAAAUGGCCCAGAAGGGCGACAACGAGAACAUCGACUUGCUUGUGGGAGACAUCUACGGGACCAGCUACAACAAGAUCGGACUCAAGUCGAACCACAUUGCCUCGUCGUUCGCCAAAGUCUUCAAGAAGCUCCGCUUCAACAAGCUGGGCAAGAAGCUCUCCACCGCAGAAAAGCUCGCGCAUUUCCGCCAGGAGGACAUUGCCCGCUCGCUCUUGUACCUGGUGUCCAACAACAUCGGCCAGAUCGCAUACUUGCAGGCGUGCCGCUUCGGGCUCAAGCGCAUCUAUUUCGGCGGCAGCUACAUCUCGGGCCACAUGCAGACGAUCCACACGUUGAGCUAUGCCCUGAACUUCUGGUCGAACGGCGAGAUGCAGUCGUACUUCCUCCGGCACGAAGGCUAUUUGGGCAGUGUGGGUGCGUUCAUAAUGGGCCCCAACGGAGUGGAACCACACUCGCCCGGCGCGGCAGAUUGA